AUGAGCAAAAAAUAAGCCCGCCCCUUAUUCAUUCCCAAACCAGAAAAUGGUGAAUUUCCAUUUGACAUAAAAAAUGUUAAUACUAAUGAUAUCAAGCCUAUUGACUUUUAUAGGAUGUAUAAUUCCUUAUAAAUGAUGGUUCAAAAAUUGAUUCAAGAUUAAGUAUGAAUUGAUGUGAUUUCAGAUUGUACAAUAAAAGGUCUAAACUAAUAUUGAUGCAAUAUUCAGAGUGUUUAUUGAAAAAGAUUUAAAUCCUCCUCCUUAGUAGAAACUAGUUGGAAGAAGAAGUUCUCCAUAUACCUAUCAAAAAUAAGAAUUUUGGUAGUUAGUUGAACACCUUAAUUCCUUGGGUUUCACAUAUAGAUAAAUAUCUGAGAGACUGCAAGUACACUAUGUUUAGAUUUCAACUCAUCAUCUAAAUACUGUUGAUUAUGAUGAUGAUUCUGAAUAGGAAUCAUCAUAAGUGAAGAGAUAAGCAAAAAAGAAACCUAAAUAAGAAUAAAAGAUAGAGAAAUAACCAUAUCAAGUUUGUGAUGUAUUUUAGUCAGAUGAUGAAUAAGGAUCAAAAUGA